CGAAGCUUUUGUCUUUUCCUAACCAACUUAAUUAUUGAAGAAGUUAAUAUUUUGCCAUAAGAGUUUUUUAAAUUUUUUAAAUUUUUUAAUUAGUAUAUAUACAAUCUGUAAAUUAAUUUUUUACGAUAAGAAUAUGAGCUAGAAUUAAGUAUGACAUGAAUCGCGUGAUAAAAUAAGCAACCCAGCGGCUACACUUUACAUUGAUGUAGUAAUUGUUAGAUUUUUUUUUUCUAAUAAGGAACCUGACGACUUGGACAACCUUGUCGGAGCCUGACAACACCUCAAUCACGCGCCGCAUACGCCAAUUCAAUGGAGAAGCGUAGACGUCUUUUACCACAACCAUAUCAUCGAGUACGGCACCAAACAUCUACGAUCACGUUGUCAGAAAUUACUUGCUCAUCUGACUUGGGGACAUUCUGUUCGACAUUGUUCAAAAUUGACCAAAAGUUGUGUAGCACUGCAUGUUAUCAUCGUGAAAGAUCUAGUGGUUAUACGAGUACGUUUCGAACUUAUAAUCCUUUAUACCAGUUUGUUCGAUUUAAAGAUAUACAAGAGUUUAAAGAUUAUUGUUAUUAUACACGAUGUAUAGUAUGUAGACGGUUCUUAACAAAAGGAGUUAAUUUAAUAUGAUGAAAAUAUAUCUCAUGAACAAAGAAAUUUUAACGAAGAUAAAGAAGAAAAAAUGCAUA